AAUAAACAAUAAAAUUUAUUUUUCUCUGAGACAAAAAAAAUGGCGUCUUCAACCUUAAGCCUCUCGGACCUCGUCCCAACAUCCACCUCCUCAAUCCCCAACCCUAAAACCAUACCUGCAACUCCCUCCUCUGUCACCACCAACCCAACACUCAGAUCCACCUCCGAACCUAGCACCGAGCCACAGACUCGGAAACUGAAGUCAAGCACACAGCUCACCCGCUGGUCCAGAGCUCGAGCCAUACGGUCCGGCCGGAAAUUGGAGCGUCCGGUUCAUCGAACUACACAGACCAUUGAAAUGAAGCCUCCGGUGAGUAUGGACGAGGGUGACGCCACUCUCACUCUUCCUGUGAUUGGAAACGGGAGAGAGGAUGACGUGGAAGUGGCCGGAGGGAAGUCAGUAUAUAUGGUGUCUGACGGUACUGGGUGGACGGUGGAGCACUCCGUUAACGCGGCGUUAGGGCAAUUCGAGCACUGCUUGGUUGAUCGGGUUUGUCCUGUAAAUACCCAUUUGUUCUCUGGGAUUGUUGACAUGGAGCCGUUGAUGGAGAUUAUAAAGCAAGCAGCCAAAGAAGGGGCAUUGCUGGCCUAUACUCUAGCUGACCCUUCCAUGGCUGAAUCUGCCAAACAAGCAUGCAAGCUGUGGGGUGUAUCAUCCACAGACAUACUGGGCCCAAUAACAGAGGCAAUUGCUACCCAUCUAGGCGUCUCCCCAUCUGGCCUUCCUCGCUGGGCUCCAGAGAGGACAUACUCUCUUGACGAGGAAUACUUCCAAAGAAUUGAAGCUAUUGAAUUUACAAUCAAGCAAGAUGAUGGAGCCUUACCCAAAAACUUACACCAGGCCGACAUUAUUCUUGCUGGUGUUUCUCGCACUGGGAAAACUCCUCUAUCUAUUUAUUUGGCACAGAAAGGAUACAAAGUGGCUAAUGUGCCAAUUGUAAUGGGUGUAAAGUUACCAAAGACUCUCUUUGAGGUGGACCCAGAGAAAGUUUUCGGUUUGACUAUAAAUCAUGUUGUCCUCCAAACAAUCAGAAGAGCAAGAGCAAAGAGCUUGGGCUUUGGUGAAGAUGUGAAGAGUAACUAUUCAGAGAUGGAUAAUGUGAAAGAGGAGUUGGACUUCGCUGGUAGGGUUUUUGCUCAAAAUCCUGUCUGGCCCGUAAUUGAAGUGACAGGUAAAGCAAUUGAAGAAACAGCGGCAAUUGUACUGAGGCUUUACCAUGACCGAAAGAACAGGUGCUCAAUGCCAAGAAUUUCAAAACGCUACUAGAUAGGGAAAAUUUGUCUUCAAGCACUCUUGUAUGAGGUGUAAGGUUUAUAAAGGAAAGACAAUCUCCAGGUGAACCAAGGUUGUAGCAUACGAAUAUGAGAGUUAUAAUACAAGGGAACAUGCUGUAUAUUUGUAAAAUACCAAUAUAAAUUGUAAUAAAAUACUAAUGCUCCAUUUCCUGAUCAUUUUACAUGCAGAAGGGCUGACU